AUGCAUGGGUGCCUCAUCUUCCUGCUCACCUAUAUGGUGGCUUUUGCCAUCUCUGUUUCUUUGGCUUUUAACCUCGAUACAGCAAACCCUGAAGUCUACGAAGGUGAACAAGAAGAUUUCUUUGGAUACAAAGUGCAUCAGUACACGUCUGGAAAGGACAAAGGGAUAAUUGUCACUGCACCGCUGAAGCUGAAUGGAUCUGGGGGAAUAUGCAAACCCCGCCAAAACCAAACGCCAGAGUGUUUCAACCCUAAAGGAGAUCCUUUUAGAAACACAAAAGUACAAGUCAAGCACCUUGGACUGUCCCUGGCAGUGAACUCCAUGAGCUCCAUAUUCACUGUCUGCAGUCCAAGUGUGGUUCACGAGUGUGAUGAGAACUCCUAUCUGAACAGUGUGUGCUACAAGAUCACAGAUCAACUUCAGCAAAUCUCCUCUUUCAAAUCCGGUUUCCAAGAAUGCACAAAAAAGACAGUGGACCUUGUCUUUCUAUUUGAUGGAUCAGAGAGUAUGACCACCGCUGAAUUUGGAAAAAAUAAAGAUUUCAUAGUUGAGAUAAUGAAUAGUUUCGGUAACUCAUCAAUCAAGUUUGCAGCAGCUCAGUUCAGCACAUAUACCAGUAAAGUGUUUGACUUCAAAGACUAUGCAGCUAAAACAAGUGGCACAAAACUUACGGCUGAACCUCAUAUGAAGGGUCUCACCAACACACACAAAGCCCUCAAAUUUGUGCUGGACAAUAUCCUUACAAACGAGAAUGCAGGCGCCUCUCCUGAUGCAACCAAAGUUCUGGUACUGAUCACAGAUGGAGAUCCAAGUGAUGGCAACAAUAAAUUACAAAUUAUUGAGAAAUACGAUGAAUUAAAUAUCAUUCGAUUUGUCAUCGGGGUUAAAAUUAGAACACUGGAUAAAGUUAAGACCAUUGCUUCAGAACCAAAAGACCAAAAUGCCUUCAAAAUAGAUGACUACUCUGGACUCACAGGAAUACUGUUUAACUUUCAAAAAAGGAUCUUUACUACGGAAGGCUCCAAAGUGGCUCGAGCUGGAGAGAUGACCAAUGAAAUGUCCCAGAGUGGAUUCAGUGCUGUCGCCUACAAAGACACCUUGAUUCUGGGUUCAGUGGGAUCAAACAGCUGGCGCGGGUCUCUACAUGAAUUUGAAAAAAAACAAACAGAAAAAACAAUUGAAGAUCCAGACAUGAAGAUGGACUCCUACAUGGGAUACUCUGUUGCUGUUGGAGAGAGGGACAACACCACUCUGUAUUUCACGGGUGCACCGAGAUUUGAUUACAAAGGACAGGUUGUAGUUUUCAAACACAAUGGCAGUAACUGGAUCACAAGCAAACGCAUAAAUGGGGAACAGAUCGGUUCCUACUUCGGUGCAGAGCUCUGCUCAGUAGAUAUUAACUCAGAUGGUGACACUGAUUUCCUGCUGGUGGGAGCUCCACUGUUCUACCAUGCUGAUGAGAAGAAAGAAGGACGGAUCUAUAUCUACACACUGACUGAUGAGAUGGAACUGAAAAGUGAGAUGAAUGUGAUUGCACCCUCCAUGGGUAGAUUUGGCACCACCAUAUCCAGUAUCGCCGAUCUAAAUGGAGAUCUUCUCCGAGACCUUGCUGUUGGAGCGCCCCUUGAGGAUGAAAACAGGGGGGCUGUGUACAUCUACCUGGGUGACAGUCGCAAAGGCAUACGCAGCACUUUCAGCCAGAGAAUAACAGGACAAGAUUUCAGCCCUGUGCUAAGAUUCCUUGGACAGUCCAUUGAUGGAAACAUUGACCUUGGAGAGGAUGGCCUCCCAGAUAUCGUGGUGGGAUCACGUGGCGCAGCCGUUGUCUUAAGAUCCAGGCCUGUCUUUAAUGUCAAAGCUCAUCUGUCUUUUCAACCUAAGGAGAUAAGCACUGAGGAAAUUGACUGUGUGGGCAAUACAGAUCAGAUUUUACCAUUGGUUACAUUAACAGUCUGCUUUGAAAUGGUAGAAGCAACAAAGAGCAUAGAAGACAAAGCAGGCUACGGAUUCAACAUUUCCUACAUGCUUGACGUUGAUCCAACGAGACCAACACAUCGAGGUUUCUUCAGUGAUACUGACAAGAAAGCUAGAAAUCUUAUUACCACCUAUGAGCUGACAGAUACAGAGACCUGCGUCAACCACUCCAUCAACAUGAAAAAAUGUGUGAGGGACACAUUAUCAUCCGUCAGCAUCAAAUUAAACUUUUCACAAGUUGACAUGGAUGGAGCGAGUGCCGUGCUGAACGUGGACAGCGAAAAGCAGGCUGGUGUUGAGGUUCCCUUUAAAAAAGAAUGUAGAAAGAAUGACACCUGUAUUGCUGAGCUUGAGGUGGAUUUCAAUUUCGAGAGCCCAACAUUUUUGGUGGCAGAAGAUAACAGCUUUAAUGUGGCUAUAACACUGUCGAACGAAGGCGAUGACUCAUACAACACCAGCCUCACAAUGCACUAUCCUCCAGGACUCUCCUUCUCUCGGCUGACUCGUAUAAAGGCAACAAGACCAACACUCCACAUAUGUCAUGAUCUUCAUGAAGUAUAUAACAAAUCUUUAUGUAGCAUCAGCCUUCCUGUGUAUCGGAGCAGAUCAAAGGUAUCAUAUAAAGCUUCUUUCCGCAUUGAAUAUGACCCCAAAAAGUAUGAGUGGAAUGACACAAUUUCAAUGACUGUUGUUGGAAACAGUGAUAAUGUGGCAUCUAACAUAAACAAUUCAAUGACCAAAAGCCUCCCAGUACAAUACGAAAUUAAAAUGGCAACAACAGUGUCAGAUGACUCCAUCAAGUACAUGAUCUUUACACCGGAGGACAGUGUACCUGUGAAAAAACUGGUCAAUAUAUUCACGAUUGAUAAUCUUGGUUUGAAGGCCUUUCCUGUCAAUAUGUCCCUGCGCUUCCCAACUAAACUGGCACAUGAUUUUGAAAUGAAGAACUAUCAAGUCUCUGUCCAGCAGAACAAGACUGAAUGUACACGCAUUAUCGACUUGAUUGAUUCAAAAGACUACUUACCAGACCAACAGUGGAAAAUGAUAAUGUGUGACAGUUUCAUCCUGGACGGAGAGUCAGCCACUGAGGUUAUAUUGUCUGGAGAUGUACAAUUCAGGGGCCUCAAAGAGAAAGCAGAGAAUAUGAGAUUUAUAGAAAAAUAUAGAAACAAAGGAGGAGAGGUUCAAUUCAAAAGCCUUCUACAUGUUAGUUAUGACAACCGAUUUGUGCUAAAUUCUGACAGACAAAAGAAAGAUCGCGGGACUGUAAAAUCAAACGAUCCAAGAAAGACAUGGACUGGAGUUCAGUUUGAGUUUUUAAUUUCUGCUAGUGAACCACUGAUAAUCGGAACUGGAGUUGGGUUGGGAUUAAUCUUUUUGUUAAUACUCACUGUCUGUCUAAUUAAGUGUGGUUGCUUCAAGAGGAGAAGACCUGAAGAUGAUGUCGGGAACGGGGCCAAUGUCGUGGCUCAGCAAGAGCCUCUGAACCCUGAUCAGGUCGGGAACGGGGCCAAUGUCGUGGCUCAGCAAGAGCCUCUGAACCCUGAUCAGGAAAAUGAAAAGGAUCUUGAAUUAUUAAGCGACAAAGACGAUGAGGACCAUCCGGAAUACGAUUACGAAAACACUGGUGAUUUUUUGUGCGAUGAAGACAGUCCGGAAUAACAAGAAGCUGUUCGUUAAGAUGACACCAACCCUGAGCCCACCCCUACCCAGACCAGCUACCCACAGAUUGAUCAGACUGCUGGCAAGUCCAACCAAGAGGAGGACAUGUUGCUAUCACCUAAUGUUGGGGCAAUGGCAGGUCUCCACUGGAUGAUGAAUAUAUUGAAUGGAUAUCUGUGAUUUGUUAUAUUCUAGCAUAUGAGACAUGCAAUGCGGAAGUUAUAAAGCACACAGAAUGAAUAUAGGGUCUUUUUUAGUGAGCAGCUAGUUACUUAAUUAUUCAUACAGCAUAUUUAUACAGAUAAAUGACAAAGCAGGACAAUGAUGAGGACAAGUGGCGGGAAUACCAUGAAAAAUACAUCAUUUUAAGAAAAAAUGGAAAUUAGUUCCAAUAAAAUAAACAGUAGUUACACAUUUGGGGAAAUAUUCAUAUUGCCAAGUUAGAUAAGAAUAUCAAAUUCACUCUUAUAUCUAUUAAUUUAAUAUAAAGAUGGAACCAGUAGAUGGUUAGUUUAGUUUAGCAUAAAGACAAAAACUAAACCUAAAAACCUUCAGACACGAUGACAGUGGUCAUUUACAUCACAUACCGAAGUUAGAUAAGAUGAAUCUUUAGCAGGAAAGCUAGUGUGGGUUGUUCAGAGUCUGUGGCUCUUGUGUUGUGUAGCAGGAUGCUAUCAGGCUCAGUGUGAUUGUCUGCUCUGUCUAUGAUACAACACCAUGUUAGUUCUAUGGAUGGUUCCAUGUGUUCAGAACGGGUUGUGUUCACGAGUGGAAAGGGCUGUCACUAGCCUAGCAUCUCCUCCUUAUUCAUUAAUGUGCGUUAUUAAUGCAUGUAUUAUUUGCACUAUACUGUAAUGUAAAAACAAUACUUUCAAUAGAUGGCUUGUGUUAUAUAUUUUUAUUGUGUACCCUGAAGAGCGCUUCAUAAAAGUAGAAUAUAUUAUGGGCUGCACGAUAUGGACAAAUUAUCGUAUCUCGAUAUUGAAGCCAAAUAUCUCGACAUAGAUAUGAUAUGACAUACGAUUUGACUAUGAUUUCACAAUUGUUUGAAAUUCAAAGUGUAGCAACAGUGGAAGUUAAGCAUUGUUGCAUAAUAAUACCACAUUCACUUUACACUGAAGCUGAAGCUGCUGCAUGUGCACGCCGCUGUUGAACUUGAACUUAAAUGCUUAUUGAUUUGAUUCACCGGCUUUCUUACUGACAGCGCUCUCUCUCUUCAUUCACUCUCUAUACCUCGCUCGACCACAGCAAACACAACAGCGUCCUGUAGCCGCAUACUGACGGAGCAACUCUGUCAUAUCUAUAGAUACGAUAACGAUAUAUCGUUCAGCCCUACCUCAUAUUAUGUGUCUUUUAUGAUUUUGCACAGUAUUAAAUAUUUAGCCCCC